CAGUUAUCCGUACUUAAACCCUCCCCUCAUGAUUCUCUAGGAGGGUAGUGAUGAAAGAUGGCAGAAGCUCCUCCAUGUCCCAGCAACCGGUUUUUCUGUCAUAGGUGCUCGACAGAGAUCAGUCCCCGUCUCCCUGAUUACACAUGCCCUCGUUGUGAUUCUGGUUUUAUAGAAGAGUUACUGGAGGAGAGAAGCACAGAAAAUGGGUCUACAUCAAGCAUAUCAAGCAGUGACCAACACCAACAACAGAGGUUUGAGAAUAUGGACCACCAUUUGUUUACGUUUCCCUCGGCAUAUGGGCAAUUCGCCCUGGGCAUCUUUGAUGACCCCUUCGACCUUGGGUCAGGGUUGCCACCGGAAGACAAUCGGGAGGCCGAGAACAGACGGGAACGUGAGAUGGCAUCUCGGCAGCGGUACGGUGCCAGGCAGCCCAGGGGACGCCAUGUCCCAAGGAGGCACACAGUCCGGCACGAGGGUGUGCCCACACUAGAGGGAAUCAUUCAGCAACUGGUGAAUGGGAUAAUUGCACCCACAGCAAUGCCAAAUAUCGGUGUGGGACCAUGGGGUGUUCUUCACUCAAACCCAAUGGAUUAUGCAUGGGGUGCCAAUGGCUUAGAUGCAAUCAUUACACAGUUACUAAAUCAGUUUGAGAACACUGGCCCACCGCCAGCAGAUAGGGAAAAGAUCAAAAACCUCCCUACGGUGGAAAUCACAGACGAACAUGUCGGCUCUGGACUUGAGUGCCCGGUGUGCAAAGAGGACUACAGUGCUGGGGAGAUGGUCAGGCAGCUGCCGUGCAAUCAUUUGUUUCACAACGACUGCAUAGUGCCCUGGCUGGAACAGCAUGACACGUGCCCGGUAUGCCGGAAGAGCUUGAGUGGCCAAAACACGGCCACGGACCCACCCGGAAUGUCCGAGAUGAACUCUCCUCCUGGCCCUGGGAGCGGAGAAAGCCCUCCGAACGAUGACCGCAUGCCAAACAACUCUUAAGACCAGAUGCUCCGAGUGGCUGCCAACGCACUUGGCCUCCUGCUCUUGGUCCGAGUAUGUGGCCCCGGGGCCUCUUCAGCGAUAGGGAUUUGACCAGCCCUGUCAGUUUGGUGCGGAUGACAUGACGUAUACAAAUCUAUACAUUGCGGGCAGCCCUACCUCUGCCCCCGAAAGGUCUCCGUGAAACCUGGCCCCUUGCCAGCUGGACCGUUGCGCGUGAGGAGUGAGCGGCUUCAGGGCUCCGGAGCGCCUGCAGGCAGUGGGUGGGUCCGUCCUCUAGGGGGCCUCGUUCAGCUAAAGAACAGGAGGAUUCCUUGAACUGCAGACAUUUUGCUCGUGCUCAGUCUUUCUCAAAGAGGGAAGGACCGGGCAUGCUAUACUUUCUCGAGGAAAGAUUUAUUAUGUUUAAUAUUUUGGCAGCACAAUUAAGGCGAUAAAGGAGAAAUUAUAUGUUAUGUGCUCACGUGCUGACCUAUAUAUUAUUUUUCAAUAGAGCCCAUAUCUGUGAAAAUGGCUUGUGCUAACUGUUUUGACGAUUGUUAGUUUUUUAGAAUCUGAACUUGUAAAUGUAUGUAGGUGUUGUUGGGACUACAGUUGUACAGAGCCCUACCCGACCUCUGGGGGUAGACUUGUGGGACAGCAACCAGAUGUGAAGCUCUGAAAGCUAAGUCUAAACAUUCAGAUUAAAAGGGAAACAUGACAGAAGUCACACAUACACACACACACACACACACACACAACACACACACACAGAGGAUAAUCUAUUAGUGGUGAAUAUUUUAGGAUAUAGUUUGUGUAGUGUCAGAAUAGAAAAUGACACAUCUGAUUAUUGUGUGGUUGUGAAAAGCCAGCUGCCCUGCUGAAAGUGGCAUUGCCAUGGUGAAGUUCCCAACACCAAGACUGAUGACAUCCUCUGCUCUAUUGCAGUCACCAAGCAUUCACAUUUAGUCUGCUGUAAAGCAGCUGACAACUGAAACUGACACAACCUUGCAGGAUAGGAAGGAUGACUGUCUGUCUGUACUAUAAGAAGAUGCCAUCACAGAUUCAAAUGGUGUGUACCAACCUCACUGCAGAUUGAACAUGGCACAUCUUGAAAAUAGUAAACUGUAUCCUGAACCAAGUUAUGAUUAAGAAAAUCUUUAUUGAUAUGAGUCAGACUUGGAAAUGGGAAAUAUUGCUGUGAGACAAGUCAUGCCAAAACAUUAUUAAUAAUGUUAAUGAAAUGGAAUGUGCCAUGAAUAGGUUUUGUCUGGUUCUUUUGAGGCAGAAUCAAGAAUGCUUACAUUCAUUUUUUUUUUGUCUGUUUUGUUAUGUGUCUGUCAACCCACAUUUGAUGAGUAGCAGCUAUCAGAAUAUCAGUUACAUUUCUGUUACAAAACGUAAGAAAUGUCGAGUUAGUCACAUUUGCUAAGCUGGUAAAUCAUCCAUAACAUCCAAUUAUUAUUGAGGGUUUUUUUAGCAUGUCAUACAUAUAUUUACCACUGUACUGCCCAGAUAUGUGGUACUGUACAUAACCCAACACCAGUACUUGAUCGACAGAUUCAGUGUGACAUUAUGUUUAGUCUGUCACCAUACCUUUUACUUGUAGAGUUUUCCCAGACAUAUUAAGCAUAGCCCUACUAGAAGGGCUUCAGUGAAGAUCUCCACUAAUGAAUAGCUAGUUUAGGACUAGGGUUAACGCCAUGUCUGGGAAACCAGCCCUUGAAAUCAGGCAUCUGGGAAUUGUCAAGUCAAUGUAAAAUGGAAAUGAAGUCAAACUAUUAAUGUUUAAGCACUGUUCUGUGCCUCAAAAAAUAAUGUGGUCAUCCCCUUGUAAGUAUUUUACAUGUGCACAUAUUUGCUGUUUUAUACUGAAGAGAACUGACAUGCUUUUUAGUAGAUAAAUUCGUACAGUAGAGUCGUGGCUGAAUCAUGACAACAUGUUUUAUUCUGUGAAUGAAAUUUGAGUAUUUUA